GGCUUCAGGGGGAGUGGCUAGGUUUGACGUCACCCUCUUACGGAGUGUCACACCACCGCAAGCACAUACGGUAGUGGCUUCCUCUUUCAGCACGUUCAUACAAAAACAGCAGCAUGAAGACUGGAUUUUAGAAUGGACUGUAAAUCUAGUUUUAGUUAUUGCUUCUUUGUAGUCAUGGCGUGAUGCCAGAAGUAUUUUAAUACAGACUGGGGUUUUUAGAAGAAAAGGAAAUGCCAACUGUCAGUAGCUAUAUGAGUUUCCGUUCAUCAAAAAGAUUAAAAUUUUCCAGCAGCUACCCAGUAGAGAGCAGUGGUGGUGGAGUGUCAGCCAAAUUGAAGAAGAGCAGGAGCACCUCCAGCAAAGACGGUGUCAAAAAAGUGGAGGCCAGGAAGACGUUGAGUCUGGAGGCGGCACAGCUGGAGAUUCAAGAGCAACACAAAAGCCUCACCAGACAGUUGGCCAUCAGGUUACAGACUUUCGACGUUGACUGCAGAAGCUUCGACAGGCCUCAGGGCAGUGGCACACAAAGUAGUUUCAUAAAGCACAAUGCAACAUUCCACAAAUUGUUUCCAGACAUUCCAGAAAGUGAAGACUUGAUACAUGCAUACAUCUGUGCCCUGCAAAAGGAAGUGCCCUACCAUGGUCGAUUGUACAUCACGAACAGCCAUGCCUGUUUCCACUCGUCUGUUCUGCUCAAGGACACCAAGGUAGUGAUCCCUGUCUCCUGCAUUCACGUUGUCAAAAAGCAGAACACUGCUUUGCUGGUACCGAACGCCUUGUCAGUCCGAACCACAGAGGGAGAAAAGUUCCUGUUUGUCUCAUUACGGAACAGAGAAGCAUGUUAUCAGCUGCUGUGCUCUGUGUGUCCUCAGCUUGAGGACCGCAGCACCAACAGUAGCCCCGUCAUCUCCUCUGCCGAACAUAGCUUUGACAAGAGCAAACUUGUUAACUCCAGCCAGUCCAGUCUGGAUGGCAGCUUUGACCAGUUCGAUGGCUCUGAGCCGCAGGCAUUGCAGGACAAACCUCUGCACAGCGCACACAAAGAGACCGCACUGCCUAAUGGAAAAGGAUCCACUUUCAAAAGCCUGCAUAAGCAGCAGAGUGAGAGCUCAUCUUCAGAGGAUGAUUUGUCCGUUUCAGUUCCAGGUGGCUCGUGGGUUUGGAAUGUGACGGAGAAGGCCAAGUCUCUGCUGGUUCAGAGAGAGGCCAGCACCCUCAACACGCUGCUCUUCAUCUACUUGAUACUGGUGGUGGUGCUGCUGCUGUCCUCAGGCUACAUCGGGUUACGUAUUGUGGCCCUGGAGGAACAGCUGAUGUCACUUGGUGCACUGCCCGAGUUCACCCUACAGAGCGGGUACCGCCAAGACACAUAACACUCAGCGAAAGGAGAGGUAGAACGGCUGACUAGUGACUUGGAGGAUAACUUCCAGCGGAAGACAUUUCAUGUCACGUCAAGCGAAAAGUGGCCAAUCUGUGCAAUUUCAACUUUUUAACUUGAAGGGCUAGUUAAAAAAAAAAAAAAAUCAUGCAAAAUAAGAAAAAAGAGAUGCCACCACUUAGUCGCACAGAGCCGAGCCAAAACACAUGUACAUCCUGCAUGGUUGCAGCGUGUCUUGCUGUGAGGACCAAAGUCGAGCUUGGAGGACGUGGGACCGACUGUUCCACAUCAUCUUCCUCUCCUUCAGCAUGCUGUCUGAACAGGGUUAUACCGAUCAGCAUUAGCCAGCUGUCGCGCUCACCAACACACCCCGGCACCGCAGACGUCGCGCUGCCACUAGCCAAAGAUGUGCACGUCUCUCUGCAUGACGUUCACCCUCACCCUUCCGUCUUUGCAUCAGUAUGAACGCGUCUGUCUCCUUGGAAACUUGGGUACCUCUCUUUUGAAUGUCUUUUCUUCCUUACCAGCUUCGGGCUGAAAUGAUGAUGAUCAGCCCACAAAGGCUUCUCCUGAUGGUCUACUCUCUCCUGCUCAGUUUCUUUAUCUCUUCCUCGUAUUUGAAGUGAUUUAACAAGUUUAAUGAUCAAUGCUCAGAGCUUGUCCGGCAUAAUCAAUGCAUACAUAGUUGACAGGAAAGCUGGACAAGAUGUCUCAAUGCGUUGUCAGGAGAAGAAGUGGUCACACUUUUGUUUUUUGGACAAAGUGGCGUUUGUACAUUUCUAGUCAGGUUUCAGCAAGGUACACCAAUGAUGUGUCGCUAAUGUUCAUGUGUGCAUCUGCAUUAAGGAAACCUGACUGACUACAAGUUGUCCCUCGCCUCCGUGGAGGACAACUUAAAACCGCGCUUGUUGAUAAGAUCAAAGUUUCAGCAACAACAAAAAUAGCUCUAAAAAUUUUCAAAAUGCCACAAAUUACUAUUAUGCAGAGCAAAAUGUUUUUUAUUUCUGUGUACUGUUUUUCAAAUCAAACUUUUGUGGGGAAGAAAAUGUGUUAAAAAGGAAAAAACAAAAAAACUAAGAUGUGAGUAAAAGGAGCGAGUGCACUUUACCUAAUGUGUUGUGCCUGUCACAAUCCAAGACGCUGUGUUUGGAUUGAGUAGAAAUGGCAAAAAGUUGUCAUUUCGGGUGUUUGUCUGACGGUGCUAAGACCUUUCUUUGUUUCAAAGUGUUUUCACUCAGGGCUGGUGGAGACGAUCCACCAGGUAGAUAUUCCUUUGUCAUUUCAAAGUCUAGUGCUCGUCAUUGGGCUUCACGUCUUGGCUUGGGUGCUUCUCUACAGUCCCUUUGAGCAAGAGAGAGCGAGAUCACCGCUUGACUAUUAAUUUGACUUGUAUUUAUUGCUUGACUUGAUUCUUUUUCCAUAAGAGCCUCUCCCACCUGCCUGAUGAUGCCCAUCCACACCACAGCUCACGCUCUGUUGUUGUGGAAGCGCUCCUUUCCCAACAUGGAAUAGACUUGAUUCAAAACUGCAUCACAAGUUCAAUUUGCUGCAUUCGGUCUCCCAGCAGGGGGUAGCACACGCACAGAUCUACUGUCCUCAAGCGAAUACGAUGCAAAUAUCCUAACGGGGGCAGCAUUUGUGUGGUUUUGCACUAUUCAAAGUGUAAGUUUUGUAACCAUUGUUAAUGUCCUUAAUUAUACUACGGCCCUAUAAAUAUAUAUUUAUUUGCAUUCUGUGUAAUUCAAAGUAGUCUCUGUGAGAUGACUUUGCUAUUGCUGAAAAUAAAUCAAAUGUUGCGAAGAA